AUGGCAAAGAAAACAAGAGGCAUUUCUGUACUUACGAAAUUGGCCAUAUUUUCUGUUUUCGUUGGAACCUUAAAUACUUUUAAUUUUAAUACGAACGAUGGAUGCUUAAGUAAUCAACUUAACAUUGAAACUAUUCAAACUGUACAAUCCAACAGAUGUUUAGCAGAAAAAAGCGGAUUAUUAAGCAAAAAAUCAAGCAAAAAAGGAGGAAAGUGCAAGAAGAAAAGUUGCGAUAUGGAAAAUCUCCCAGUAGAGAGUGGAGAAUCUAGUGGACAAAAUUUAGAAGUUAAGGAAGAAGACAUGGAACAAUUAGGAAACUUAUUUCAAGAAUUAUCAGAAAAGUUAAAUGUUGGUGAACAUUUAAAGCAGUAUGAAGGACAAAUGGAAGAGUUUGCAAAAAAAUUUGAAGAAGGUAAUGAAGAAAGUUUGGAUAUGGACUUUUGUAAGGAUUUAUUUGGAAAUUUAGCUGAUUCAUUGAUAGAAUCAUAUGCUAAAGGUAUGAGUGAUGAAAAAAAAACGAAAAUGAAAAAGAAUGCCCAAAAAGCUACCAACAAAUUACUUAAAUACUGUCUAAAAGAACAAAAAAAACGCCAUAAUUCUGAUAAAAAAUAA